UCAGGGUUUCUUGCUUGCUUGCUUCUGAAGUAAAACCCAUCUAGGCCUUUUUUUCUGCAUAAAAGGAGGAAGGAACAAGCAACAAAUUAAUCAGACAGGAAGUGAAUAACCACAGAAGGAUGUCUGCCUCUGACUCAGUGUGUCACAUUUAACGAGAGGCCAGAGCUUGUCCAAAAUGGCUGUCCAAAAACGACCCCACGUUUGCAUUAGAAGAUGACGCCUUUCUCAGGGACGGUUUUCUCUCUCAUAUCUUGCUUGCUCCCUGUCUGCCUGUGUCCCUGAUCAUGCCUUCCUGCAGUAUCCUUUAACGCUCUGGGUGAUGCCCCGCUGCCAAUCUGGGAGCGCUGCUGAUCCAGGAGUAGCACGAUCUGGGCGGGAGAAGCUGGGAUACUGAGGGAUUUGUCAGCCAGACUGCUGAAAGCUUAACUGUCCAGGAUGCCCGUACCGCCCCCUCCAGCACCCCCGCCACCGCCCACGUUUGCUCUGGCCAAUACAGAAAAGCCUACCUUGAGUAAGUCAGAGCAGGCUGGGAGAAAUGCUCUUCUCUCUGACAUCAGCAAAGGGAAGAAACUAAAGAAGGCAGUCACCAAUGACAGAAGUGCACCGAUAUUGGACAAACCUAAAGGAGCUGGUGGUGGUGGCGGAGGCGGCGGUGGGAGUUUUGGAGGGGGUGGACCACCCGGUUUGGGAGGACUGUUCCAGGCUGGGAUGCCAAAGCUGAGAUCCACAGCCAACAGGGAGAGUGAUUCUGGAGGAAGCCGACCCCCGAUUUUGCCACCAGGAGGAAGACCCACAUCUGCCAAACCUUUCUCGCCCCCAAGUGGCCCAGGGAGGUUCCCUGUGCCUUCUCCAGGCCACAGAAGCGGACCUCCAGAACCUCAGAGGAGCCGAAUGCCUCCCCCGAGGCCCGACGUGGGCGCGAAGCCUGAUAACAUUCCGCCUCCAGUGCCUAAUACUCCAAGACCCGUUCAGUCAAGUCUGCACAACCGGGGGUCCACCCUAGUGCCCGGGGCCCCCAGGCAGCCCAGCCCCGGGCCGACUCCUCCCCCUCUCCCCGGAAACCGAGGGGCUGCUUUCGGUGGAGGCUCCACCCGCCAGACCCCGUCAGGCUCCUCCUCGCCCUUCUCCAACCGGCCUCCCCUCCCCCCUACCCCGAGCAGGUCCUUGGAUGACAAACCCCCUCCUCCGCCCCCUCCAGUGGGCAGCAGGCCCUCCAUCCACAGGGAGGCCGUCCCCCCGCCUCCCCCUCAGAACAGCAAGCCCCCGGUGCCCUGCACCCCGCGGCCUUCUCCCUCCGCGCAGGCUCCGCCCCCGCCCCCGCCCCCCAGCCGGCCGGGCCCUCCCCCAGUGCCCCCAGGGUCCAGUGGCGGCGGCGGCGACGAAAUCCCGAGGCUCCCACAGCGGAACCUGUCCCUCUCGUCGUCUUCGUCGUCGUCGUCAUCUGCGCCUCCCUUACCUUCACCCGGGCGGUCGGGCCUUCUUCCUCCCCCGCCCAGCGAGAGACCCCCUCCUCCGGUGAGGGACCCACCGGGCAGAUCAGGCCCUCUCCCACCACCUCCUCCAAUGAACAGAAAUGGCAGCACAUCUCGGGCCCUGCCUGCCACCCCUCAGUUGCCAUCCAGGAGUGGAAUAGAUAGUCCCAGAAGUGGGCCCCGGCCUCCUCUUCCUCCCGACAGGCCUGGCACUGGGGUGCCUCCCCCACCUCCACCAUCGACAUCAAUUAGAAACGGCUUCCAAGACUCUUCAUGUGAAGAUGAGUGGGAAAGCAGAUUCUUCUUCCAUCCGAUUUCUGAUUUGCCACCUCCAGAGCCAUAUGUACCAACAACCAAAAGUUAUCCCAGUAAAUUGGCAAGAAAUGAAAGCCGGAGUGGAUCCAACCGAAGAGAAAGGGGUGCCCCACCCCUUCCUCCUAUCCCGAGGUGAUCCUUGCCUGCUCUUCUCCACCCAAGCCCAAGAGCUCCUUCUGCUGUUGCUGUCCAAGUCGCACACCCUCCUUCUCGUCUUCCCUUGUCCCCCUUCAUGAUGGCAAUAGGGAAGAAGGGAGGUGAUGUGGGAAUGCGUGUGUGCAGGGUGGGUAUGCAGUAAAGAAAUGCACCUCGCUUUUUAUAUUGUGUAUAUUCUUAAAGCUAUUGCUUGCUUCAGCUAUAGCCUGUUGGCGGCUUUGGGGAUCAAUAUAGGCUUUUGUGGCAAGUAGGCAGCAAUGAAUUGUGUCCCAGCUUUCAACCAAUGAAAUUCAAACAUUCACUGCUUUUUUGCUACACAUCACAAUAUUAAGGUCCCUGAGACCUGUUUGCUUCCAUGCCUUUUUUGCAUGUUUGGCCUCCUGUUUCCAUGAACCACACACAGACCACCUAAGCAAGUUGCUCAUGUGAAAUGUUUGCAGUUACAGGCUGUCCAAUCUUUGGUGGUCUUGGACAGAGCUGUCCAAUAGAAAUACAAUGUGAGCCACGUAUACAAUUUUACAAUUUCUAGUAGCCACAUUAAAAAGGAAAAUAGGUGAAAUUAACUUUAAUAUAUUUUAUUUAACCCUGACAUCUAAAAUAUCAUUUCAACCUCAAUCAAUAUAACAAUUUUAAUGAGAUAUUUUAUAUUCUUUUUUUGGUACUAAGUCUUCAAAAUCUGGUAUGUAUUUUACACUUAGAACACAUCUCCAUUCAGACUUGUCACAUUGCAAAUGCUCAAUAGCCACAAUGGUUGGUGGCUACCAUGUUGGACAGCGCAGGUCUAGAAGAUAGAGGCUAGUGCAAAAACCUCUUGUUUAAAAAACAAAAAAGCAAGAUGAGCUUUAGCAAUUCAAGAGGUAACUAAAAAUAAAGUUAGGACCCAACACCUUGUUUGGCAAACAGCUUUCCUUAGAUUUUGCUCCCUUAUUUUCCCUCUUCCCUGGCAAUCUGUAUAUAGAUGUUGCUUCACAGUACCAAGGUCAGAAAUUGAUGUAAUAGGGUUUACAGUCAUGUGGAAUAAAGCCAUUGGAAAGAAACUGAAAGCCAGUUGGGGCUCUGGGGCUUAGAAGCAGCUGCCUUGAGCUCAUCUGUCCGUUGGCCUCCUGCCUUAUGCAUCGGAAGUGGCUUCAUUCCUCUCCAGCCCAGCUUGCUCCUUAGGGCAGGAGGCUCAUAGGCUCCAUAGUUGUGGGGAAAGUCAGGGAAAGGUAGCAAAUCAGAAAUGUGGAAGAAGGGGACAGUUUUGAGUUGAUGGACAAAACUCUAAAAAUCUAUAUCUGAUUAUUAUGGGGUUGAGAGAAAGAGACUGCUGCAGGAAAUUGGAGGGAACUUGUUUUGAAUCUUUCUGGGAGAAUCCUUUGCCUUGGAUCUAUGCAAAUAAAGCUCCCCCAGAGGACCAUAGGGAUGAGCCAGCCUUGCCCUUUUUGUAUGGUUUUGUUUACAAAACUUUACUGGGACUUUUAAAUCUAGCUAUACACUUGGAAAAAAAAGAUUUCCAUUUAGAUGUUUUAUAUGGUUAAUUAUGUUUAAAAUUUAUCAUUACUUAUUUUUUUAAAGUUCACAGCUAUAUAUGUAUAUCUACCUAAACUUUGUAUUAUGGUUUCAGUGAAUUGUUCAUGUAUUACUGGGAGAUGCUAACAAGAAAUCAAUCCAAAGAAAAAUUUGAAAGAAGCAUUCCUAUUUAUAGAAUAAAUGUUUCAUUUAUAUAAAAGCAAAAGAACUUAGAGUUCUAAUAAUGGGAUGUCUAAUAAAUUAUGAAGUUGCCCAUUUGAAUCUGUUGUAUUUUUAUAAUUUUCCUUGCCAAAGUCCUGGGCUUAUUAAGUACAUUAGAGAAUUUGGGUUCCCCGCCCACCACCAUUAAUUUGUCUUUCAUACGUUCACUUGGGGGCCUUUACCCAAAGAAAAUCAAGAAACAUAAAGGUGUAACAAGCUUGGCAAAGUAUUUUCAAAAACGUUUUUAAUCUCUAAUAUUUUGGUAAUAUAGCAGCAUCAUUUUAUUUUGAAUUCUUUGAUCAGAUAUCAACAGUUGGUAAAAAUCCCUAUGAUAAAGCCUAAUGACCCACUUCAGAAAAGAUGGAGUUGGGCCUUCCUAGCAAAUAUGGCAGAGAAAAGUCUGACCCAAAGAAAAUGGGUCUGAAUUUUGUAAGGUGUAGUAAGUAUGGCCAAUUUCCUUAUAUAUCCCAACUUUGCAGAUACCAUCCUAAGUUUGAAACAGGGUCACAGCUCAAAGUUGCUAUUCAUCCAGGAUAGAGAUGUUUUAAAAUGUAUUUCUUAAGUGAAUAUUCCAUUAAUACAUGUACACCCUCUUUCUUUGAAAGUUAGAAACCUAAUCACAUCCCAAAGUUUGAAUAAGUUCUAUGCUAAAAUCUUCAACUAUGGCAGAUCACAAAAAUUAAUAGUUACUUCCCUGAAACCAGAGUUUACAUAUGUUUUUUCCCCAUAAAAUUUCCAGAUAAAUGUAUUCAAGAUGCAAUACAGUAUCUUAAUAUUCACAUAUUUUAUUGAAAUGUAUUACAGUAUUAAAAUUCAGUGUUCAGUAUUUAUUUCAGUAUGCAUUUUAUUUAGUAAAAACCAAGAAAAAUGUUUAAUCCAGUGGUGCCUUACUUGGUGAUUUGCGAGAAAUUGACUUUUUAUGUCUAAGUAGCAGAUUAUUUGCAUAUUUGUAAGAACUAUUAGGCCUUUAUAGUUUAACUUGUAAUACCAAUUUUGUUAUUUUAGUAGCAGAAAUGUGAUGACUGUUAAAGUGCCCAAAAUUUUCUGGCAUGAAAUUAAUUUUUCCCUAUUUAUGGUCAGGGACUGUAAAGAAAGAAAAUGUUUUUCAUACCACUGCAUUAUGUAAACAUGCACAUUUUGGUACCUAUGUCAUCAGGGUAGUUUAUAUGGUGGGGUAGGACCUACCCUAGACAUCUGUGUCUUUGUAAGUUAGCCAGACAAUAAAUAAAUGCAGAAUG